UGGGCCGGCUCAGGGCCUGAAGAAGUCAGGCCUGUUCAGGGGCUAAAACCCUCUUCCUUCCGUUCGAUUCCGCUGACCGUAAAGGGGUGGUGCCGGUGUUCAAACGACGGGGGGAAGAGAGUCGCUUGCCGAUGUUAGAGGGAGGGGGAUCUUGCUUGAAGACUGCGUAGCUCCGGUGAUUUCUCCGACCCUCGUUUCCGACGUUUGGGCUUGGUCCAGAUCCUGUGGAAUGGAGUGUUUAACGAAGCAUUCAAAAUUGUAAAAUUUACAAAUCCUCUGGGUUUGUCAACACAAGAAACCGAGGAGUAGUCCAUGGAAGAGGCAGGAAUGUUUGAGGAGUAGAGGAUUUGGUGAGAUGAAGUGCUUCUCGUUGAGAAUCAAGAGCACUGUUCUCCACAAUUCCAAUUCAUACAACCUGUUUGAGGAAAUGCCUAAAGUGAAGGAUCAUGGUGGGGUUCAAAAAUAGGUACAUGGUAAUGGAGAUUUUUCUAGAUCCCAAUAGAGAUCUUGCAGCAGAUGAUCCAAUUAUAAUCGCCCAAUUUGAACAUGUCGUAAGCAAUCAGACACAACCUUCUUGAAAAUUUUGGAGAGUGGUCUAGCUUCGUCACUAGGCUCAUUCCAAGGGAAAGGGAAUACUAUAAAAGAUAGCGAGAUUGACUGAUCCAGAAAGGAACAGAGGGAGAGAGAGAGAGAGAGAGAUAUUGCUUGUCUGAUGGAGAAACAAUUGCUUGAUUUGUCGCUGGUGCCGGCGGGGCUGCUGAUACUGGCGUCUUACCACAUUUGGCUGCUCUACCAGGUGGUGCAUCGCCCCGCCCGGACGGUGAUCGGAAUCAACGCCAUCAACCGCCGCUUCUGGGUCCGCGCCAUGAUGGAGGAUGUGUCGAAGAAUGGGGUUCUAGCUGUGCAAACACUGAGAAACAACAUAAUGGCAUCAACCCUUUUGGCCACAAUGGCGAUCAUGCUCAGCUCUCUUAUUGCUGUCUUGAUGAGCCAUGACAGCAGUGACCAAUCAGUUGGCAAGGUCGUUUAUGGGGACAGGAGCGAACUUGGACUGUCAAUAAAAUUCUUCUCCAUAUUGGUGUGCUUCUUGCUGGCAUUCUUGUUCACGGUCCAGUCCAUUAGGUACUACAGCCAUGCCAGCAUCCUCAUCAACGUUCCAUUGAAGAAGAUGGCCUUGAAUGAUCACCGCCACAGCUGGUACUUGACGACAGAGUAUGUGGGGAGGACAGUGAACCGGGGAAGCUAUUUCUGGUCACUGGGACUUCGGGCAUUUUACUUCUCUUUCCCUCUGUUUCUUUGGAUCUUUGGCCCGAUUCCCAUGUUUCUUAGCUGCCCUGUGCUGGUUUUCUUGCUCUAUUUUCUCGAUGUUACCUUCGAUUUUGGAUUGGUUUCUUCUGCUUGUGACUUGGAGCAUCAGGAUAAUCAGGAUGAGGAGACCAGCUAAAGGUGAUGAUGAUGGUGAUAGUUGAUGGACUCUUUUGGUUUCAUUACUAGCAAUCUAGCAGGUAUGUUUUAGCAUAACAUUGAAUAGCGUCAGAGGCAGAGCAUUUGGUUUGGAUUCAACUCAAGUUGAAUUUAAUUGCUUAUCUUCACUAGUUGUACUUGAACCUUCUGCUUUCUUUUAUAUUUCUAAGAGAAUUUGAAAUAAGAUUAGGAAACACUUCAGUAUAAUAAGACAGAAUAUGGCGAUUUGUAAUGAUAUAUGUCAUUUUAAGCCAGAGUCUUUGCCAUAGCUAACGUUUUGGGAGGUUCUGAGCAGUAACUAUCAUGA